AUGGAUUACAGUCAGAAGGGUUUCAAGGCUGUCGAAAAUGAUAUAAUCAAAUUGCUGCAACAGCCCGAAUAUGAUGACGGAAGCGCUGGACCGGUUUUAGUACGUCUUGCCUGGCAUUCGGCAGGAACAUACGAUGCCGAAACUGAUACGGGUGGCUCUAAUGGUGCUGGCAUGCGUUAUGAAAGUGAGGGUGGUGAUCCAGCCAAUGCUGGACUUCAACACGCUCGCAUUUUCCUCGAAACCGUCAAAGAGGCUCACCCAUGGAUAACGUACGCCGACUUAUGGACAUUGGCGGGCACUGUUGCUAUAAGAGAGAUGGGCGGUCCAGUGAUUCCGUGGAGUGGAGGACGGACCGAUUUUGUAGACGACAGCAAGCUACCUCCAAGGGGUCGACUGCCAGACGCGUCUAAAGAUGCUGAUCAUUUGAGAUUUAUUUUCUAUCGAAUGGGUUUUAAUGACCAAGAGAUCGUGGCACUUUCGGGGGCACAUAAUUUGGGACGAUGCCAUGGUGAUCGGAGUGGAUACGAAGGUGCCUGGGUUAACAAUCCUACAAGAUUUUCCAACCAGUACUUCCGUCUAUUACUGUCUUUACAAUGGAGAGAAAAGACAUUGGCGAAUGGCGUAGUGCAAUAUGUCAACUAUGAUGAAGACACUGGCACUGAACUCAUGAUGCUGCCGACAGAUAUUGCACUCACACAGGACAAAUCUUUCCGAAAAUGGGUUGAGAUUUAUGCGCGGGAUAAGGAUAAAUUCUUCACUGAUUUCUCCAAGGUUUUUGCGAAACUUUUAGAGCUCGGAAUUAGGCGGGACCAUAAUGGCGUCAUCACAAAUACAGAUAACGAGAAGGGAGGCUAUCAUAGCGCUCCUAAGAAAUCUGAUCACCCAGGUAGCCUUGAAAAGGUAGCUGAUGGCGAGGCGGAUUCCUUACUCCGGAAAAAUUCGGAGUUUAAGUCUAAGCUGUGA